AUAUGAGCGCAAGUACAGCCUCAUGGCAUACCACGGCCAGCUCAUGGAGCCAUCUCCUUCCGACUCCAGUGCUGCUGCUGCUGCUCCUCUGACUUCUCUCCCUUCCAUUCUUUCUCCCUGCUAUUUCCCCACCCACUAUCCUCACAGAUACGAGCGCAAGUACAGCCUCAUGGCACACCACGGCCAGCUGAUGGAGCCGUCUCCUUCCGACUCUACUGCUGCUGCUCCUGCUGUUGUUGGUGCUGCUGCUGGUAGCUCUGCUGCUAUGUCUUAUUCAGACAGGGUGGAUGGAGGUGGAGGGGAGGUGGUUUGA